AUGGACUUGGCUGCCUCCUCACCCAGCAGAGACCAGUCCACAGACACUUUGAAGGGCAGUGUCAGAACGAGCCCCGCCGCGCGGCCCUCGGGUCACCGCCCCCUGCGCUGUGACCGCGACAAGAUAAGGUCCCAGGCGCUGCCCUCGCUCCUCGCCGCAUCCCCGGCGGCGCCCCCAGCCCGGCGCCCGGCACGGAACGGGUGCGGGGCUGGGCCAGGGCCGGCCUGGGGGAGCGAGUGGGGCGGGGCCGCCGCGCCCGCUCCCCCUCCCCGCCGCCUGCAGCCUUCUCCUCCUCCCGCCGCCCGGGCUCAGAGCGGCGGCAGCAGCGGCCGCGGCGACAGCUCCGGCUCCGGCUCCGGCUCCAGCGCCUGCCCCACUCGGCCCAGCGCGCCAGGGCUCCGCGCCCCGACCCCGCCGCCGCGCCUGCCGGGGGCCUCGGGCGCCCCCGCCGCCCGCCUCACGCUGAAGUUCCUGGCCGUGCUGCUGGCCGCGGGCAUGCUGGCGUUCCUCGGUGCCGUCAUCUGCAUCAUCGCCAGCGUGCCCCUGGCGGCCAGCCCAGCGCGGGCGCUGCCCGGCGGCGCCGACAACGCCUCGGUCGCCUCGGGCGCCGCCGCGUCCCCGGGCCCGCAGCGGAGCCUGAGCGCGCUGCACGGCGCGGGUGGCUCAGCCGGGCCCCCCGCGCUGCCCGGGGCACCCGCGGCCAGCGCGCAUCCGCUGCCGCCCGGGCCCCUGUUCAGCCGCUUCUUGUGCACGCCGCUGGCGGCCGCCUGCCCGUCGGGGGCCCAGCAGGGGGACGCGGCGGGCGCUGCGCCGGGUGAGCGCGAAGAGCUGCUGCUGCUGCAGAACACGGCCGAGCAGCUGCGCCAGACGGCGCUGCAGCAGGAGGCGCGCAUCCGCGCCGACCAGGACACCAUCCGUGAGCUCACUGGCAAGCUGGGCCGCUGCGAGAGCGGCCUGCCGCGCGGCCUCCAGGGUGCGGGGCCCCGCCGCGACACCAUGGCCGACGGGCCCUGGGACUCGCCUGCGCUCAUCCUGGAGCUGGAGGACGCCGUGCGCGCCCUGCGGGACCGCAUCGACCGCCUGGAGCAGGAGCUUCCAGCCCGUGUGAACCUCUCAGCUGCCCCAGCCCCAGUCUCUGCUGUGCCCACCGGCCUGCACUCCAAGAUGGACCAGGUGGAGGGGCAGCUGCUGGCCCAGGUGCUGGCACUGGAGAAGGAGCGUGCGGCCCUCAGCCACAGCAGCCGCCGGCAGAGGCAGGAAGUGGAAAAGGAGUUGGACGUCCUGCAGGGUCGUGUGGCUGAGCUGGAGCAUGGGUCCUCAGCCUACAGUCCCCCAGACGCCUUCAAGAUCAGCAUCCCCAUCCGUAACAACUACAUGUACGCCCGUGUUCGGAAGGCGCUGCCCGAGCUCUACGCAUUCACCGCCUGCAUGUGGCUGCGGUCCAGAUCCAGCGGCACCGGCCAGGGCACCCCCUUCUCCUACUCAGUGCCUGGGCAGGCCAACGAGAUUGUACUGCUAGAGGCGGGCCAUGAGCCCAUGGAGCUGCUGAUCAACGAUAAGGUGGCCCAGCUGCCCCUGAGCCUGAAAGACAAUGACUGGCACCACAUCUGCGUCGCUUGGACCACAAGGGAUGGCCUAUGGUCUGCCUACCAGGACGGGGAGCUGCAGGGCUCUGGUGAGAACCUGGCUGCCUGGCACCCCAUCAAGCCUCAUGGGAUCCUUAUCCUGGGCCAGGAGCAGGAUACCCUGGGUGGCCGGUUUGAUGCUACCCAGGCCUUUGUCGGUGACAUUGCCCAGUUUAAUCUGUGGGACCACGCCCUGACACCAGCCCAGGUCUUGGGCAUUGCCAACUGCACUGCGCCACUGCUGGGCAACAUCUUUCCUUGGGAAGACAAGCUGGUGGAAGCCUUUGGGGGCGCAACGAAGGCUGCCUUCGAUGUCUGCAAGGGGAGAGCCAAGGCAUGAGGGGCCACCUCAUCCAGGACCCCUCCUUUGCCUGCCACUUUGGGGACUUGAGAGGGGUCAUAUUCCCUCCUCAGCCUGCCCACACACUGGCCUUCCCUCCUGCCCCACUCCUGGCUGUGCCUCCCGUUUCCUCUCACCUGUACCCACACCUCCAGAACGCCCGCCCUGUGAGUGUGUCCCCUGUCCCCACCUGGGUGGGGAGGAGCAUCUCAAGUGAACAGUGGGAGCCUGCCCGCCUGGCAUUGCACUGGAGUUGUCUCUUACCCCACCCCUCCCUGCCCAUCGAUUGCAUCUGAUUUCACUAAUUUUCACAGCACCCCCAGUAGGGUAGGGUUGCGUAUGAGAUGAACCCCACUAUCUCAGUGGUGGGGGUGGCCACCCACUCCCUUGUCCCCCAUGCAACAGGCCCAGUGGCUUCCCCUUCAGGGCCACAACAGGCUGUAGAAGGGGAGGAUGAGGACAUCGGAGGUUAGAGUUAUCCUCCUCCCACUUUCCACCAGCUGCCAGUCAAGGGCAGUGGGAUCUCAAUGGAGCCUCCCUCACCCUACCCAUGCCUCCCUCUUCCUCCUCUUUCCUCCUCUCUUUGUGUGUAGUAGUUUGAAUGUUGGUUCCACGCCUGGCCCAGCCCCACCUCAGUCUCCAGGACAUUCUUUUCCCCGCUCCAGCCUGGAGGGAAGGAAACAAAGACCCCGGGAGGCCAAAGGGCUGCAGUCACCCCUUGUGCUCACCCAUAGCAAUGGCCACUGGGAUAGUCAUCCCUCUCCCUCCAUGCAAAGGAUAGGACUUGGGCCACUUCAGCCUGGGCUGGCAGCAGCCCUAAGGCAGAGGCCUCAUGGCUCAGGAGACCCCGCCUUUGGCAGAGCCACAUUACCUACCCUGUGCAUGGUCCUGGGGCAGGAAGGAAGAAGCUGAGAGGGAGGGGAGAAGCAUGAAGCAGUGGGCAGAGUGCUGGGUGAGAGGGAGGAGCCCUUGGUUCCUAGCCAGCCCUGCUAAUGUCCUGUGUGGCCUUCUAUAAGUCCCUGCCCUCUCUGGGCUUGGUGUUCCUCAUUCGUGAGCUGAGGCCCUCACUUUGGUCAUUUGCCCUCCAGAUUGGGUGUGAGCUUCUCUGUGAUUCCAGGUGGAUAUGUGGGGAAAGCACUGGUGACCCUGGGCUUGGCAGGGGUAGUUCCCGGUACUCGGCAGUAGAUGGGAUGAAGCCAGUCAUGGGUUAGGGUCAGCAGAGACUCAGAGUCGAGGGCAAGGUUCAAGGCAGACUAACCUCAUGCAUGGAUUGUAAAAAACCAGCUCCCUCUGGAUCACCCCAGCCUGGCACCCUUGCCUGUCUGAGAGUAUCUCAAAGGGCUGAUGCUUCCUGGUCCCCUUGAGUCAUCACCAGCUUCUCCAAGAGAGUGUCAGAAUCUUAAGAGCUGAGAGGCUGGGCAUGGUGUCUCAUGCCUGUAAUCCCAGCACUUUGGGAGGCCAAGACGGGCAGAUCACUUGCGGUCAGGAGUUCGAGGUCAGCCUGGCCAACAUAGUGAACUCCCAUCUCCACUAAAAAUACAAAAGAUAGCCUAUGUGGUGGUGCACGCCUGUAGUCCCAGCUACUCGGGAGGCUGAGGCAAGAGAAUCUCUUGAACGGAGGAGGUAGAGGUUGCAGUGAGCCAAGAUCACACCAUUGCACUCCAGCCUGGGCAACAGAACAAGACUCUGUCUCAGAAAAUAAUAAUAAUAAUCUUAGAGAUGAGAAAAGCCACCCCAUCUGGCACCACAUCUGCAUCUUGCUUGUGAGAAAUGGGGAAGAGUUCAGGGAGGACCCAUGACCUGCACAGGAUCACAGAGCACGAUGGGGCAGAGCCAGGACUAGAGCUCAGGGCAUCUGACUCCCUCUUCAGUGCUCUUCCCCUUCCAUGCUGCCUGCCCUUGAAGGCCUUUGAGUUCAGUCUACACCUAAGCAGGUGGACAUCUGAGAGGUCAGAUGCUUUCCAGUAUGACACCUGGAACAUCUUCCUUUACGUAACACCCAAACAUCUUGGCGUCCCCCCGCCAGGAAAUGCAGGAAGGAGGUUGUGAUCCCUGGGCGCUUCGGCAGAAUGGAGAGCUGAGGUGUCCCUCCCCUGCUAGUCACCUACCAGGUGUCCGAGCAGCUGCAGGCUCCCUGGCUCAAGUGGGCAUUGUACCUUUUGUCUGCCUUUUUGUUCCCCUGUCUGUCUCCACUCCCUGAGGCCACUUAGCCUGAGACAUGAUGCAAGAGCUGCAGGCCAGGGGGCUCAGUGCCAUGGAAGCUCCUGCAAGACGCAUUCCCUCCAGCACCCAGAUCCUUUCCAUUUCGAGAACAUAAAUAGAUUGCCCAGCCCCUCCAGUACAAUCCCACUGGAAGAAAAGGCGAUGGCGGACUUCAGCCAGACCUGCUGAGACCUAGGUUGCCACGGUAACAGCCAAUGACAUCAACCCAAGGGCUGUGUCAAGUGUCUCAUCAUAAUGGCACUGUUGCUGGGGUGACGGCAGAAUUCAGAACUUCGAUUUCAGUGACGCCAAGCUUGAUCUGUUGCUUUUUGAAGAAGGUAGCUCUUGUGGAGGACUUGGGAGAAGGAUGAGGUCUUAGGAAGGAGGUGACAGCACUCGCUUGGUCACUUGACCCCACCCAGACACACGACCUCGAGUCCUUUAUGCUUUGUCCCAGUGAAGAUGGGACCUCUGACGUCUAAGCCUUGUUCCCGUGCCGCCUCACCCACUCAGCCUUCCGAAGGGAACAGGAACAAAUUUCCCCAGCGCCACUGUUUAGGUCCCACUUUUCCUAUCUUCUGCUGCCCCUGAGCACAUCCAAGCAGACAGGGCAAGAGGAGUCAGACAUGGCCCAGUCAAAUCCUAAGCUGCUCCUGGCUGAUAACCACAAUGGAGCCCGUGUUUGUCCUGCCAUCCGGCACUGCACUGAGAGUGGCACUGGCACCGUCCUGUUGAUCCUCACAACACAGUUCUAAGUUAGGACGUUCUUGGCUCCGUUAGACAGGUGAGGAAACUGGGGCACGGAGAGGUGAUGUCAUCUGCCUGGUGUCAAUCAGCUAGCGAGUGAUGGAGCCCAGAUUUCAAACCAAAGGGGGUUACCUCCAGGGGCCGAGUACCCACUCACUGUAUAGAGUGUCAUCUGGGCACCAUUGCUCCAGAUGUGUUCUGACACCAUUCCCCAGCCCACAGGGCUUGAAGUGAAGGAACAGAGGUGGGGAGUGGGCCAGCCCUAGGGCCAGGGUCCCCUUGGUGAAGCUAUGCCACGGGGCUCAGCUGCUUUAGGGAAUGUGUCCCUUCUACCAUGGGCCAGGGCUUUAGCCCUUCUCUAGCUCAGCUGGAGUUCAGAGGAGAGCUGUAAAAGAAAAGGAAACUGAGCAUCUCCCAAGAGUCCUUGGCAGGGAAGGGGAGGGAACUUGCUCUUCCUCCAACUCCUGCUUGGGGCCAAGCCCUAAACCAGGUGCUUCCCAGCUGUUAUCUGCCAGAUCUUCCCAUCUUGUGGCACGUGGUGCCCCCACCGACAUCCCAAGGGGACCGAUCCCCUUGCCACCACUCUGCAUCACCUGGGACCACAGAUUUGGGCAGGAAGGGCUCUGAGAGGAGGCCAAAGCCCUCAUUUUACAGAUGAGGAAGCUGAAGCCCGGGGAGGGGAACGACCCUCAAGGCCACCCAGCUGGACCAGGGAGACUUGAGCUCAGCCUUCUGACUGCGUUCAGCCCUCUCUAGGACACAGCAGCCUCUCCCCAGCACUGAGUCCCCCUCCUCUGUGUGUCCCAGCACCCUUGGCCUGAGUAAAUGUGGAAAGGGACUCCCUCCCAGAGAUGGGAUUACUCUCUUCACCCUUUAUUCCAGCUGCCUGCCACCCCAGACCCCACCUCCCACCCUGACCUCUGACCCCUAGGUGGGGAAGGGGCUCACGUGGGCCCAGGCUGAGUGUGAGUGAGCAUGUCAAGUUGUCUGACACUGUGACAUUAGUGCACCCUACUGACAACCCCUCCCCAGCCUCAUUCCUUUCUCCUCUCCCUGUUUUGUACAUAAAUUGACAUGAGCUGCAACAUGUGUGCGUGUGCGUGCGUGUGUGUGUGUAUGUGUGUGAUCUGUGUCAUGGUUUUGUUACCUUUUUGUUUUUGUAAACUUGAAUGUUCAAAAUAAACAUGCCGUUUACUCU